AUGGAAUCUGGAACCAAACCAACAUCUCCUGACGAGUCCGAAGAAUUGGAUGAAGUGGAGAUUAUCCGCACGACUUCAUAUCAUCGACGUGACUGGGAUCAAGCGGUUGCCAUUCCCUCUACGAACCCCUAUGACCAUCACGAGGUACGCAGCUUACUACUUCAAAACAUCCAUACCACUGACUCAAGCCUCGGAAAUCUUCAAUUUUUACCUCGUGAAAUCGUCACAGACAUAUGCUCCCGACUGGACAUCCGAUCCCUGAUGAACUUUCGCCAUGUCAAUCGCUGUGCCCGCCAAAUUGCGAGAGAAACCCGUCGCUACGAAGCAGUGGUAACCCAUGCUUCAAAGGCUCUCUGCGUAGCCUUGAGCACCAACGUUGCAGCUUGGUUCACGAUGUCUGAUAUUUUCAAAGCACUUUGUACGAAGAACUGUGAUUUCUGCGGUGGCUUCGGUGGCUUUCUUUUCCUGCCGUCGUUUCCAUCGUUGAUGAGGUGCUGUUUCGCUUGCAUUCGGAGAGAUCGCUUACCCAUCCUCUUACAUUUUGCAGUCAUGAAAAAACGUCUUCGUUUCAGCCCAGGCUGCCUAAUCAGCCCCUCGCAGGGCUUCCUACACAGACCAAAGCCUGCUGUGAGAACAUUGCCAGGAAUCUAUUCAAUGACUCGGAAUGUUCGAAAUAAGGGGUUCUACGUCAUCCCUGAAUUGUUUCUCAACCUCGAAUAUCUACGUGAAGAAGAUUAUGGUGCUGUAGUGGCGCCGUCCAACAAUUCAGAACUAAUUCGUUACAUGGUGACAACACCUUUCCCAUAUCUCGACAUUAGAAGCGGUAGCACUCAGAAUGGGAUCAGCUGCUGUGGUUGCCAGGUUUCCGUGGAAAAGGGUUUGCAUUUACGAAAUGUUCCGUCUGAUACUUUUACUAUGCGAGAUAAAGUGUACUCCCAUGAAGAAUUCAUGGAACACUUUCGUGGAUGUGAAGAGGCUCAACGUAUUUGGAAAUUGAGCAAGGAAGGGUUUGAAAUCACUACCCUCUCGAAAUGGAUCAGUCGUGGAGGGUGCUUUUGA